UUCAUAUCCAAGUGCCUCGUUGGAUUCCCACCCUUGUCUUCCGUUUAUUCCUCGAAGCUUUCACUACUAUCUCAGCAUGUUUGUCAAGUACUCCCUCACUGCCCUCUUAGUAGCGGCUCCGUUCAUAGAGGGCUACCUCUUCAGUCAGUUGAUUGUGGACGAUAAGGACGUCGGGGAACCCUUCGAAUAUAUGCGACCGAAUGAUGAUAUAGCCAACCCAACGCUUGCAAGACCUCUUGUUGCACCCGAUGCACUUAGCUCCACUGAUUUGCGGUGUGGUAAGGGCGGUGAUAAGGCUGCACCUGAUUCAAAGGUACAUGUCUAUCCUCUUUUUCUUCCUUUCUUCCACCUUAGAAGCUCAACUAACAUCCUCCUCUCCACAGGUAUUUUCGGUGGGUGCUACCCACAGAAUUGGGGCCAGGUUACAUGAUAACCAAACCUUUUCAAAUAUUGGUCCUGUCCUGAUUUAUAUGUCUCGGGCGCCUAAUGACGAUGUGAGAAGUUACGACGGUUCAGGAGAUUGGUUCAAAAUCUGGCACCAGGGUAUUUGUAUUGGAGGUCCCCGAAUAAAUGAGAACUGGUGCAACUUCAAUUUGGAUACAGCCGAUUUCAGAAUUCCAGAAACAAUUCCCGCGGGACAAUAUUUGGUUCGGUUUGAACAGAUUGCGUUGCAAAAUGCUAAUAAAGGAAAUGCUGAAUUCAAUGUCGCGUGCAUGCAGUAAGUAAUAACUUACCGUUUUUCUUCCUUCUUUAUUGGAGAGCUACGUUUUAAAGGCUGGGGGUUUCUAUACUAACGUUAACACCAGACUCAACAUCUCAUCCCUCAACGAGGAACAGCCCACACCACUUGCGAAAAUCCCGGGAAUCUACAAAGCAGAUGAAGCAGGACUCAACUAUGACGCACUUUCAUCCCUACUGGCGCAAUAUGACUUACCAGGUCCUCCAUCUUGGGAGCCUCAGCAGGACAAAAAUGCCGCUCCCGAUGCCCCCAGUGUGCCAUGGAACAAUAAGAUAAAGAGGUGGACUGCUUAG